AUGAAGGAUCUCGACAAAUUAACCUAUUUUUUGGGUCUUCAAGUUCAGUAUACCUCUACAGGUAUUCAUGUUAACCAAUCUAAAUAUGCUACUGAUCUUCUCCUUAAGGCUGGUAUGACUCAGUGCAAGCCUUGUUCUACACCCUGCUUACCUACUUCCAAGUUACUAAAGUUUGAUGGAACACCUUUAUCUGAUCCUACCUUUUAUCAAAGUUUAGUAGGAGGACUUCAGUAUCUUACCUUCAGCAGGCCUAACAUUGCAUUUGUCGUAAACACUCUUUGCCAGUUUAUGCAUGUACCCACCGAUACACAUUUUGCUGCAGUCAAACGUGUGCUACGAUACUUGGGUGGUACUCUGACGCAUGGCAUUCAUUUUACCUCUGGUGAUGUUCGUCUACAAGCCUACUCCAAUGCAGACUGGGUGGGUGAUGUCAAUGAUCUUCGUUCCACAAUAGGGUAUGAUGUUUUUCUUGGUAAUAAUCCAAUUGCUUGGUGUGCCAAGAAGCAGGGUACAGUUUCUCGUUCCUCAACAGAGGCUGAAUAUAGAGCUCUUGCUAUCACAGCUGCUGAGUUGUCCUCUCUACGUUAA